UUAAACUUUAUUUACGUACCUACAAGGGAACUGAUUAAUUUUUGAAUUUAUUUUAAUUUAAUGCAUACUAAUUGUACUUUUGCCUGCUUAAGAUGUCCUCGAUUGAAACUCAUAAUCCUAUUUAAUAAUAAAGUUACUGUGUGUGUUUUACACAUUACAUAAAAUACUUUAAAACUGCACCAUAGUUCUAAAGUUUUAAAAAAUGGAAGGUGGCGAGUGGAGAAAUAAUAUAAUAAAUCAGCUACGAGCUCGAAACAAAAGGGAAACUUGUGCGUUUCAGGAUAUUUUUACAUUUCAAAGCAGGUUAUUUGAUAAUGUAAACACACUUAAAAAUGAAAAUUUACAGCUGACUUUAGUCAAUGAGAGAAUAAGAUAUUCUAACACAGAAAGUGUUUCUUCUGGAGGAGGUGUUGUUAAUGAAAAGAUUCAAGCCCUAGAGCAUAAAAUAUUAAGCCAGCAAGAAGAGUUGACAUCAUUACACAGGAGACGAGGAGAGAGUUCUCAACAAAUAAUAAACUUAAAUGCUAAAGUACAUGAUUUAGAGAAGAACUUACAAGCUAAAGAUAUUAUAAUUUCAGAAAACACAGCUCUUAUUGCAUCACUUCGGGCUGAAAUUCAGAUGUAUGAAAAUAAUAUGACAGAGUUACAAGGACUUAAUCAAGUUUUAAGAGAUGAACAUCAAGCAUUACAAAUAGCAUUUGCAGCUAUUGAAGACAAGUUACGGAAAGCUCAGGAUGAAAACCGUUCGCUAGUGGAGAGAUUGAUAAAGUACAAGGCGAAAGAUGCUGAUAAAAUGAAUGAAGAAAACGAACAUUUUCUUAAGUCAAGCAACCCUACUGCGUUUUUGAUCAACACAUUUGGUAGAGUUAGUUUCGGAAAAAAGAGUGAUAAAGUUAAAAAAGAGCUGGAGGAAGCAGCAAGAGAAGGCGGGAGUAGAAGCAGUGGUUCUGGAGGUAGUGACGAUAAAAUUAUGGAUUCCUUGCCGUACUAUGCAACGUCGCUACCGAAUAAAGUUGCUUUGAGAUUUGAUGCUCAUGAUGGCGAAGUGAAUGCUGUUAAGUGGAGUCCAACUGAUAGGAUUGUUGCUACAGGCGGAGCUGAUAGGAAAGUUAAAUUAUGGGAUGUGUCUAAAUUGGGUACAUCAGAAAACAGAGGUACCCUCGUCGGAUCAAAUGCUGGUGUGAUGUCAGUGGACUUCGAUUCAACUGGUGCCUUCAUUGUCGGAGCUUCGAAUGACUUCGCGAGUCGGGUUUGGACUGUUGGUGACCAACGAUUAAGGCAUACGUUAACUGGACACAGUGGGAAAGUUAUGGCAGCCAAAUUCCUGGGAGAACCUUCGAAAGUUAUCACCGGAAGUCAUGAUAGAACUUUGAAAAUAUGGGAUCUUAGGAGUAGGAUGUGUACAGAAACCAAAUUCGCGGGAUCAUCUUGCAAUGACCUCGUGACGUCAGACGGCGCAGGCUCGACCAUAAUUUCAGGACACUUCGACAAGCGGAUACGAUUUUGGGACAUACGAACAGAAAUGUCAGCCAAUCACAUUGUGCUUCAGGGCAAAGUCACCUCACUCGAUCUCAGUAGAGAUAGUAAUUAUUUAUUAGCGUGCGUACGAGAUGACACAAUACAACUCAUAGACUUAAGAAUGAAUACUAUUGUGCGGUCCUUCAGCCACGAUUCCUUCAAAGUGGGUUGCGAUUGGUCGCGCGCCGCCUUCGGCCCGGGCGGGCGGCUUCUCGCGGUGGGCGCGGCGGACGGCGCCGCCUACGUAUGGAAUACACAUUCCGGAAAACUAGAAGCAGUACUCAAAGAUCACACAACUGCAGUGACAGCCGUCUCAUGGCACCCGCAGUCCGGUCUUCUCGCAUCUGUGGAUCGCUCGAAGCGGGCUGUCAUUUGGGGUGAUUUGUGACAGGCAUGGCAUGCUCAGCCUCCGCAGGUUUCUAAACCCGAGACUCCAACAGCGGAAAGCGCUGACAGCGGUGAAAGCGGAGAGGUGAUUGAGUUUCUACGCGGCAUCACAACCGAUAUUCUUCAUAGACUCACGUAAAACACAGUUUUUACUGACAAGCAAGACUUGUAUUCCUUAAAGUCUCGAAAUCUGUAUGAUUAUGAUAUUUUAUAAGUCACGUGAUUUGAUUGAUUUCUCAUAUGUGUAAAUAAUAUUAGAAUACAUUAGCUUUUAA